AUCAGGAUGUCCCUUCUCAAUGACACUCAGUAUCAUCCUGCCUCCUUCCUGUUGCUGGGAGUUCCAGGACUGGAGACGCUCCACAUUUGGAUUGGCUUUCCCUUCUGUGCUGUGUACAUGAUUGCACUCAUAGGGAACCUCACUAUUCUGUUUGUGAUCCAGGCUGAGAGCAGCCUCCACCAGCCGAUGUUCUACUUCCUAGCCAUGUUGGCCACCAUUGACUUGGGUCUCUCCACAGCUACUAUCCCUAAGAUGCUUGGGAUCUUCUGGUUCAAUCUCAGGGAGAUCAUCUUUGAUGCCUGCCUCACCCAGAUGUUUUUCAUUCACAACUUCACUGGCAUGGAAUCUGCAGUCCUCUUGGCCAUGGCUUAUGACCGUUAUGUGGCCAUCUGCAACCCACUCAGAUAUAGCACCAUCCUCACCAAUAAGGUCGUUUCAAUGAUUGGUCUUGGUGUGGUGGUGCGGUCAUUUCUUUCUGUGAUUCCAUUUGUAUUUCUCAUUUUGCGAUUGCCCUUCUGUGGGAAUCAUGUCAUUCCUCAUACCUACUGUGAGCACAUGGGUCUUGCUCGUCUGUCUUGUGCCAGCAUCAAGAUCAAUAUCAUCUAUGGCUUGGGUGCUAUUUCAAUCCUAGUGUUUGACAUUGUAGCCAUUGCCCUUUCUUACGUUCAGAUACUCCGUGCUGUUUUCCGCCUUCCUUCCCGUGAAGCCCGGCUCAAGUCCCUCAGCACAUGUGGUUCUCAUGUUUGUGUAAUUCUUGCCUUCUAUACACCCGCCCUCUUUUCCUUCAUGACACAUCGCUUUGGCCGAAAUGUCCCUCGCUAUAUCCACAUACUUCUAGCGAAUCUUUACGUUAUAGUACCACCAAUGCUCAACCCUGUCAUAUAUGGAGUCAGAACCAAGCAGAUAUAUAACCAUGUGAAAAAAAUAUUAUUUAAAAAUAAGUAA